GCUCCUCCGUAACCCUCACCAGCAACAAUAUGUCCUAGAAUCCCCCUUUCGAGAGGAAGGUAAGUGGUUGUUCCCUCAUUCCAUAGAGCCGCAAUGGGGCGUGUGAUCCGUGCGCAGCGUAAGGGUGCGGGUUCAGUAUUCAAGUCGCACACUCAUCACCGCAAGGGCCCAGCCAGGUUCCGCAGCCUCGACUUCGGCGAACGAAACGGUUACCUGAAGGGUGUGGUCACCGACGUCAUUCACGACCCUGGUCGCGGUGCACCUCUCGCCAAGGUCACUUUCCGCCACCCAUUCAGGUACAAGAAGCAGAACGAACUCUUCGUUGCCGCUGAGGGCAUGUACACUGGCCAGUUCGUCUACUGUGGCAAAAAAGCCACCCUCGUCGUUGGUAACGUCUUGCCCCUCCGAUCCAUCCCCGAAGGUGCUGUCAUCUGCAACGUCGAACACCACGUCGGCGACCGUGGCGUCUUCGCUAGGGCCUCCGGCGACUACGCUAUCGUUAUCAGCCACAACCCUGAUAACGACACCACUAGGAUUAAGCUUCCAUCUGGUUCAAAGAAGAUCGUUCCAAGUGAUUGUAGGGCUAUGAUUGGGCAAGUUUCGGGUGGUGGGAGAACUGAGAAGCCUCUUCUUAAGGCUGGAAAUGCUUACCACAAGUUCAGGGUGAAGAGGAAUUGCUGGCCGAAGGUGCGUGGUGUUGCCAUGAACCCUGUUGAGCAUCCUCAUGGAGGAGGUAACCACCAGCAUAUUGGACAUGCCAGUACUGUCCGGCGUGAUGCUCCUCCUGGCCAGAAGGUUGGUCUUAUUGCUGCAAGGAGGACGGGUCGUCUUAGAGGUCAAGCUGCUGCAACUGCUGCUAAAGCUGAUAAGGGUGCUUGAAGAUAACGUUGUUAGGAUUGUUUUUGUUUUCUUUGCAUGUUUUUCUGUUUUGUUUCUUUAAUAGUUCGUCUCUUAAAGUGUUUGGGCGCCGAUUUGAGAACAGAAGCAAUAUAUAGACUUUUUAUAUUUGUUAUACGGUCAAUCUUGUUGCUUCUUUGCUUGGUUCAUUGACAACUUGAAUUAUGUCAUGCCGUUCAUUGAUUAAAUUCAAUUGAUUGGCUUCUGACAGUGGUUCUUUGAAUCAAUGCAGAAUGUUAUCCUUCAUAUAUGUGUGUGAGAGAGAUUAAACAAGUGUCUUCACUGUGCAUAUCAAUUAUCCUAUAGUUUCAUGGUAGUUAAGCAAUAUUUGUUUCCUACUUUUGUGUUGGCUCUAGUGUUUUUGUUUUGAAAUUUUUAGUAUAAAAUGGUUAUUGACUAUUGCUUUUGGGUUUGGUUUAAU